GAAAACCAGCGAAAGCUGAAUCUUCACUCGCCACCCUACCAUUACCUGCCCAAACACAGUGAACCUCUCUCUCUCUCUCUCUCUCCUCACUCUCUCUCUCUCCCUAUAUAUUUUCACAGUCAUUGGAUUUUGAUUUCACCUUCCUUCCUGAAGCUGCUAAUUGCUCUCUCACUCAUCGCGUUCCAAAAAAAAUGUCCAACCAAGCAAACAUCAUCAAAAGGCAAAAAGUUGUCUAUGGCCCCCCUCUCCCACCUCUCAAAAGACUUAGGAGAAGCAACAACUCCGAUUCGAAUCCUGUGGCCGGAGCCAGCUCUGGCUCUGGCUCCAGCAGCAACAAAAACGCCGUCGCGCGCGUUGGUUCGGUUGAACUGAACCACGACGUUGUUCAUCACAUUCUUACUCUCCUCCCCGUCGAUAAGUGUAUCAAGGCCCGCGGCUUGGCGACGAGAUUCAAAGACUCGUGGCGCUUUGCUCGGAGACUCCACUUCGGGAGGGAGUUCGUCAAGGAGUUUAGACUUGAACCAAUGGAGUUCGCCGACACAGUGGACCGUGUUUUUAGGUUCCACAGGGGACCCGAAAUCAAGAGCUUCCACAUCUACAUCGAUCCCGACCAUGACUAUGUCGCGCGGAUCGCCUUGAAGAAAUGGCUUUCCAAGUGCAAAGAGAAAGGCGUCGAAGAGCUCGAUUUGGAGGUUUUCGCAAUCGAACGUUUUCCUGAUUACUUCGUCCCUUCGAGGGUAUUGGAUGUGGAGACCCUCAAAGUGUUGAAGCUCACUUUCUGCGUCUUCACACUCCCACCUCUUGGCAAAGGUCUGUCCCUCCUCACAACUCUUAUUCUCACCAGAGUUAACAUCAUUGAAGAAUACCUCCAAACUAUAUUCAGUCACUGCCUCCUCCUCGAAACCCUGGACAUGACAUGGUGUGAAGGGUUUCGAGAUCUGGUGGUGUGCACACCGUACCUAAAGAGAUUCCGGGUGUUGAAGAUUGCCAACAGCGGCUCAAGCGUUGAAACUGUGACGGUAUAUGCCCCAAGUCUUCAAUAUUUUUUCUACACUGGACAGUUUCCUGGUUUCCAAAUUAUUUCGCAGCCUAUGGUGCACUUGAAGCAGGCCAUGAUAAAGUUUAACCCGAUCACAGUUUUCACAAGCUAUUGGCAAAUCGAAAACCUUGUUUCUGCAGUCUGCAUGGUCGGGGUCCUCACAAUUACCGGCACAUUCCUUGAGGGCUUGUCCCCGAGAUGUGUUAAUGGGCGUCUCAAGGAGAAGGAUUUCAGCCUUUGGAAUCUUAAAGAACUGCACCUCAUCCUGCAGAAACAUUGUUUCUGCAAUGUCACAGACAUUGCUUGUUUUCUAAAGAAUACUCCAUCCUUGGAAAGACUGUUCAUUGACAUGCGUGCCUGUAGGUUUGAGUUUAACCAUGGGCCUUACUGGGAGUUACAUCUUCAGCCGCUAUUGGAGACCAGCAAUGUUGGCUGGUUUAAGUUUCUUACUAUCAUCAAAAUCCAUGGUUUCGCCUUCGAACCUCAUCACAUGUUGUUGGUGAAUUUUAUUGUGCAGAGGGCUAUAUGUUUGGAAUCCCUGAUUCUGAUUUUUGUAAGAAAUUACAGCAAAACCUCUCCUGGUUAUUGGCAGAAUUAUAACCAUUUGCAGGAAUGUUUUUUCGCUUGGAGAAUAUCUAGCAAAGCAAGACUAUCUGUAUACUUUUCUGCGAAUGACAGGAGCAGUGUUCAUCCACAGCAUUCAAGGAUUUGGAAAGGACGCUGAUGGCGAUAAAGAUGAACUGUUUUUCUGAGAGAUUUGGAAGCUCCAGAUUGCCAGUUUUCGAACCGAUUGGUUGUUUAGUUUGCACCAUAAUUUAAAGCAUUUUUAGUUAAGCAUCCACAGAGGGGAGAACCACUAGGUUCUAAUAUUAAGUCUUAUUAUAAACAAUUGCUGUUUAGAUUGGUGGUUAGUUUCAUAGAUAUUGCUGCACCAUUAUCCUUAACCGUUUGGUUUUUUUCAGAUAUGGCUGAGUCAUUUCUGAGAAAAAAAACAUUUAGUAUCAAUUUUAUGUAUGUUAUUGUGAUUUCUGUAGCAAUUUGCAUUGCAACUGGCUUAAUGUCUCUGGAAUUCCGUUGAACUUUUGUUUUGAAUUU